GGGGCUCCAAGGUCUCCUCCAGGCAGGGGCCUUAAGGCGAGAGAGCAUCCCAGGCACGGACCGUCGGCGACAGCAGGGAAUAAGGGGGCUGCAAGAGUCCCCGAACUAGAAAUGGGUCGGAGGAGCGAGAGAAGGGUGUCGUGCGCUGGAAACAUGGGCCACCCGCCCGGAGGGUGUUCCGAUCUUCCGGACUUCAGAGCCCAGGGACCCAAGACGUGGGUGAGGCUUCUGCGCAGGCUCUCGACGCACGUGCAUUCUCGGCGCCGCGCCUGACAGUGACGUCACGUCCGGCCGCGGGCGCGACAGCUGCAGGGUGUGGGCUGCCCGGCGGGCCGCGAGGGUCGCCGGUGUCCCGCGCCUCCCUUUCCCCGGUAGGCCCCUGGCGCGCCGGGGCCCUGGCCCUCUGGCUCUGGGCGGCUCGUACGUCGCCCGCCGGUCGCUAAGCGUGCAGAGCCUGGUUUCGGCUGCCUCCGCCGGACCGCUUAGUCUCAGGCCGGGUGUGGUUUCCACUGCUAGAGAAUGAAACAUGACUGAGGACUCUCAGAGAAACUUUCGUUCAGUAUAUUAUGAGAAAGUGGGGUUUCGUGGAGUUGAAGAAAAGAAAUCAUUAGAAAUUCUCCUAAAAGAUGACCGUCUGGAUAUUGAGAAACUUUGUACUUUUAGUCAGAGGUUCCCUCUCCCGUCCAUGUACCGUGCAUUGGUAUGGAAGGUGCUCCUAGGGAUCCUGCCGCUGCACCAUGAGUCCCAUGCCCAGGUGAUGAUGUAUCGCAAGGAGCAGUACUCUGAUGUCCUUCGUGCCCUGAAAGUCAUUCGCUUUGUCAGUGACGCCACGCCUCAGGUCGAAGUCUAUCUCCGCUUGUAUCAGCUGGAGUCAGGAAAGUUACCUCGAAGUCCCUCCUUUCCACCGGAGCCAGAAGAUGAAGUGUUUCUUGCCAUUGCUAAAGCCAUGGAAGAGAUGGUGGAAGAUCAUGUCGAUUGUUACUGGAUCAUCCGAUGCUUUGUGAACCAAUUAAAUAACAAGUACCGGGACUUUUUACCCCAGCUGCCAAAGGCUUUUGAACAAUACUUGAAUCUGGAAGAUACCAGACUCCUGAGUCAUCUGAAGACAUGUUCUGCAGUGUCCAAACUUCCUUAUGACCUCUGGUUUAGGAGGUGCUUUGCAGGGUGCUUGCCUGAGUCCAGUUUACAGAGGGUUUGGGAUAAAGUUGUAAGUGGAUCCUGUAAGAUCCUAGUUUUUGUAGCUGUGGAAAUUUUAUUAACCUUUAAAAUAAAAGUAAUGGCACUGAACAGUGCAGAGAAGAUAACAAAGUUUCUGGAAAAUAUGCCCCAGGACAGCUCGGAUGCGAUUGUGAGCAAGGCCAUCGACUUAUGGCACAAACACUGUGGGACCCCAGUACAUUCAGCCUAAGUGCUCCUGACGGCAGUGGACGGCCUGCCAGGCCUGCUGGAGCAUCGUGUUCUUGGGACAUGAUCUGCUAAACUGUUUGAGAACAGGGUUCUUGCUUUGGUGCUCAACAUGUACAUUUUUUUCCCAGUGAAAUUAUCUAAGAUUCCUGGUGAUGUGUUGUGGAGCAGCACCUUUGGGUUACAUAGAAGUACAGAGUUCAGCUCUGAAUAGCGUUUUUAAAGGGUUGUUUGAAAAUACCUCCAAGUUUUAAAGCGGUUCAGUCAGGGUGGGUGGGUGCUUUAAUGAGCAGUGUGUAACCAAGCCUGCCCACUUCUCUCUAAUUAGCACCAAGCUUCUCACUUUCUAACUUCUAUUUCUGGAAUAAAGAACAACUUCCUUUUGUGGACAACUCA